AUGCCUCUCACCACACUCCGCCCCGGCGUCUAUGCGCCAACAAUGACCUUCUUCGAUGCCCAAACCGAAGAACUUGACAUUGCCGCUAUCCGUCGUCAUGCCGUCCGCCUAGCCAAGGCGGGCCUCGUCGGUCUUGUCACUAUGGGCUCAAACGGUGAGGCCGUUCAUCUCACCCGCGAAGAGCGCAAGACCGUCACUCGCGAGACCCGUUCCGCUCUCGAUGAAGCCGGCUUCUCCGAUGUUCCCGUCAUUGCCGGUGCAAGCGAGAACAGCAUCCGUGGUACUAUUGAUCUGUGCAAGGAGGUCUUCGAAUCUGGCGGCGAAUACGCCCUCAUCGUGCCUCCCAGCUACUACCGUGCCGCAGUCGGAAACGACGAGACCCUGUACGAGUACUUCACUGCCGUCGCCGAUGGCUCACCCAUUCCUCUUAUCCUGUACAACUACCCCGGUGCCGUUGCCGGUAUCGAUAUGGACUCCGAUCUUAUCAUUCGCAUCUCCGAACACCCCAACAUUGUUGGCACAAAAUUCACAUGUGCCAACACCGGCAAGUUGACUCGUGUCGCUGCUGCCCUUGGUGCCGUGACUCCUCCUUCUCCUCUGGCCCCCGCUCAGCGCACUGCCACUGUCUCCAAGCCCGAUGCUAAGCACCCCUACAUUGCCUUCGGUGGUAUUGCCGACUUCAGUCUUCAGACUCUUGUCUCUGGUGGCUCUGCCAUCCUCGCCGGUGGUGCCAAUGUUCUCCCCCGCCUUUGCGUGCGCAUCUUCACUCUCUGGUCCGAGGGCCGUCUUGUCGAGGCCAUCGAGGCACAGCAGCAGCUCAGUGCCGCCGAUUGGGUCCUUACCAAGGCCGCUAUCCCCGGUACCAAGGGUGCUAUCCAAUCAUACUAUGGAUACGGAGGCUUCCCUCGUCGGCCUCUCAGCCGUCUUACUGAUGCUCAGUACCAGACUAUUGCCGAUAAAAUUAAGCCCGCGAUGGAUGUGGAGCUCUCUCUUCCCGAUGUGGCAUGA